AUGGAUUUAAACAUAAACAAAUAUUUAUUUUCAGGAGACAAUCAGGGUGUAAAAUUUCUUCGUCGCUUCAAACAGCUCCUAAACCCCGCACAAGUUUUCGAUCUCAUCUCAACAGGGCCCCGCCUAGGCUUGAGACUAUUCAGACAUUUCGAUCCAUUUCGAAUAUUAGUUUGUAGUGGAGACGGAUCUGUUGGAUGGGUUCUUUCUGAAAUCGAUAAACUAGACAUGCACAGACAAUGUCAAGUGGCGGUUCUGCCACUAGGAACCGGUAAUGACCUAGCACGAGUAUUAGGAUGGGGUGCUAGUUGCGACUCGGAUGCACACUUGCCUCAACUUCUCGAAAAAUAUGAGAGAGCUAGUGUUAAAAUGUUAGACAGGUGGAGCGUGAUGGCAUUCGAAAGAACAAUUGCGGUACCUAAACUGUCUCUCACACCUGGACAGCCCGAAGGCCAGUUACAUAUCCAGAUAAUCCAAUACGAAGAGAGUCUUAAAGGACAUUUGCAAAACAUUCUUCAGUCAGAUGAAACGUCUUUGAUAAUCAAUUCGGCAAAGCAUGGCGAAGCCCUUCCGGCAGAAGCCAUUUCCAGUGCUCACUUAUUUUAUGACUGGAGAAAUUCAUAA